AUGGCUGAGGGUAAUAUGACCAACAGCACGAACCAAACAGUUUACAACGAACUGACUGAAAUCACCCACAAAAUAGAUUUGUACGUCACACCUAUUUUGUACAUCGUUGGAUUCCCGGGUAACAUCUUCUCCCUUGUGAUAUGGCUUCAGAAGCGGAUGCGGCAUUCCUCUGGGUGUUACCUCGCUGCUCUGGCGCUCGAUGAUCUGAUUUUCCUUGUCUUACAUUUCUUGUUUGAACUGCACAAGUGGAAACUGAAGCCCCUUGAUUAUCCAGUGAUCUGCGAAGGAUUUCCUAUUUUCUUCCUUGCCUCGCAGCUUUUGUCACCAUUUUUAGUACUGGCAUUCACCACAGAAAGAUAUAUUUCGAUAUGUCAUCCUUUCCAGCGGGAGAAAUACUGUACAGUAAAAAGGGCUAAAAUAGUGAUUAUAUGUAUGGUAGCGGCCAUGCCUUGCCUUAAUGCUGUCCACGGUUACUUUUGGAAGUUCGAUGAGAAGUCUGAAUGCAAUAUAAGAUCCGAAGUUGUGGAGGGACAAACAGGAUCUCUUUAUGUAGUUUACACGAUGACUGUAGAUGUUUUGGCAUUUUUUAUCGUGCCUUUAUCCGUCCUGGUGUUAAAUAUGUUGGUGAUUCGAGAAAUGAGGAGGCUUUCGCGAAUGGACACAGUUCAUCUGCAUGGUCAAGCACAAAGGACAGGGUCCACUACAGUGAUGCUGCUUGCCGUGUCUUUUUACCAGAUCAUCACAACGCUGCCUAUUUCUAUCGCAUUCGCAUUUUUCCUAAAAUACAGUUGUGAUUCCAGACCGUGUGACACCGAAGAGGACAAACGCACAGGAGCCAUCUACCAAUUAAUUCUCGCAAUCAUUACUGAGUACGGCAUCACCCACUACGCCUUCAAUAUUUUUAUCUAUGUUUGCACGGGAAAGAUGUUUAGGCAAGAGCUGAAGAAACUGAUCUGCUAUCCGAUAAAUAAACUCAUUGCCAGACUUCCUAUGGACUACACGAGUCUGAGGACUAAAGCAAGAGGAAGCGAACAAAGUAGAAACUGGGUGUCGACGAAUGGCAACCACGACAAUGAAAGAACUACAGAGGAAACACUGUUAUAG